AUGAUCAAGCGAGGCUCGCCUUGUGAAGACUACUGUGUCCUGGAACAAAUCGGCAAUGGUUCAUUUGGCUCGGUUCACCGGGCUACUCACAAGACAAGCCAACGCACUGUGGCAAUCAAGAUUAUGAAACAAAAAUACAGCAGUUCUUCUGAAUGCUCACAACUACGUGAAUACAAAACAAUGAAGCAUCUCCUAUUACAUCCCAAUGUCGUCCAACUCUAUGACACAUUCUUGGGAUCUACCAAAGAACUUUGCUUCAUCAUGGAGUACAUGGAUGGAGGUAAUCUCUAUCAAUUUAUCAAAGAACGCCGCGAGACGAGCAAGACCAUCCUUCCAUCCCAAGCACGCGACAUUCUGCGUCAGAUUUUGGCAGCCUUGGCUCACAUCCAUCGUCAGGGUAUAUUCCACCGAGAUAUGAAACCAGAAAACCUUCUUCUCGGAACACCGGCUACACCGGACGGAUCGCCUAUCAUCAAACUGGCAGACUUUGGACUAGCAAGAGAACUCAAAAGCAAGCCACCGUACACAGAAUAUGUCAGUACACGAUGGUAUCGUGCCCCUGAAGUAUUGCUACGAUCAUCAUCGUAUUCUUCACCAGUAGAUUUAUGGGCUGUAGGUGCAAUAUUUGCAGAAAUAGUAACCCUCAGACCUUUAUUUCCCGGGCAAUCAGAAAUUGACCAACUAUAUCGUAUAUGUCAAUUGCUUGGAAAUGAACCCAGCUGUGAAGAAUGGCCUGAGGGCGUUAAGCUUGCACAUAAAAUAGGGUUUUCUUUCCCAGCUAUAUCUCCACGUCCACUCCAGUCAGCAUUACCAAUGGCUUCACCAGGAUCUGUAGAUAUCAUACGACAGCUACUGCAUCUUAAUCCAGCCAAACGACUCACUGCAGCAGAAGCUUUACUGCAUCCAAUUUUC